AUGUCGUCCGCCGUCGACGAGGACUACAUGCAAAACCUCAUCUUCGAGGGUGGUGCGCCGGGCGCUGGCUACGAUCCCGAUGAGACACAAAGCCAGGACGGCCGCGGGGCAUUCACGCCGGCCGCUGGCUAUGAUCCCGAUCAGGCGGCCUUCAUGCGUGAUCAGGUCGGCAUCGACCUGGACGGCUUCCCCCUCGACCACGAGUUCCCGGAGGACUAUGGGCUAGAGGAAGAGGACGAGUGCGGCAUCGAAGUGGAGCCUUUGUUCGAGGACGAGCUCGCCAACCAAACCGCCGGUCCUAAGCCGAAGCGCAAGAGCAAGCGCACGAAGGCGUACACAGCUGCCGAGGACAAGCUUCUUUGCGAGUGUUGGCGAGACAUUGGACAAGACCCAAAGACGGGCGCCGAUCAAAAGCAUUCGACCUUUUGGACUCGUGUGCACCGCGAGUUUCAUGAGCGCAAGAAGUUUCCACCUUACCAAUUUGUGAGCACGCGCGGGUGGGUCUCCAUUUCCAAGCGGUGGAGGGUGAUCCAACAAGAGUGCAACGAGUUUUGCGCCACCCUUGAGAGCGUCAAGGCCCGCCCCGUGAGCGGCAUCGACGUGCAAGACAUGGCAUUUCAAACUUUGGAGGCAUUCAAGGUUCAACACAAUGGCAAGUGCUUCAACCUCUCCCAUUGCUAUCGGGUCAUCAAGGACGAAGAGAAGUUCAAGGCACAAUAUGCCGCGCUCAAGGCACGUGGGGGGAAGAGCGCCGUGGACGAUGUUGGGGAGGGCGAGCCGGCACGGCCGCGGGGGAAGACCAACUCCAAAAAGGAGGACAAGCGAGAUGCGGCCACCAACGCUUUGAUCGCAAGCGUGGACGGCAUGAUGAAUAAGGACUCAAGGGAGGAGGAGCGCCGGCGUUUCAAGCAAGCCAAGAUGUUCGAGCUCGAGGCAGAGAAGCAAGCCAAGAUGCUAGAGAUCGAGGCCGCCAACGCCAAGACAAAGGCGAAAGAAGUGGCUCUUGCAAGCAUGAUGACCGGGGUGGAGAUCAUGAAGGUGGAUCUCAACGCCUUGUCAUCAAGGAAGAGGCAGUGGUUCGAGAAGAUGCAGGCCGACAUGCUCAAGUUCGACGACGAGUGA